AUGGAAAAGAUAAAAAACCUACAUAUCACGAAAAACGAUAGGAAACGAGUUGUUGUUAGGUGUGAUAAGGACUGUCCCUUUUACAUGAGAUUUAGUAAAAGGGUAGCGAACGAAUACUGGCAGUUGGUGAGCGUGACUGAUGAUCACACUUGUCAUAGGACUGCUAAGAAUAGGCAAGCUACAACAGAAUGGUUGGCUAAGAAAUUUAUACCACUCUUGAGACAUACACCUGAAAUAAGGCCAAAGGGGUUGGUUGCAGAGUCACUUGAAAAGUGGGGUGCGAAGUUGUCGUUGGCACAAGCAUAUAGGGCCAAAACAAGAGCAUUGGAACUAAUACAUGGUGCUGAGACUGAGCAAUACGCAUAUUUGAGAAAUUAUGCCGAGGAGCUCAGAAGGUCUAAUCAUAAUACCACUGUCAUAAUCAAGUGUGGUAUGUCUGAUGCUGGACCUGUUUUUGAGAGGAUAUACAUAUGUCUAGAGGCCUGUAAAGCAGCAUUCGCAUAUACCUGCAGGCCUUUGAUUGGUCUUGAUGCGUGUUUUUUGAAGGGUGAGUACGGUGGUCAGCUAAUGGCGGCAGUGGGAAUGGACGGGAACAAUCAGAUUUAUCCAAUUGCUUAUGCUGUGGUGGAAGCCGAGACAAGAGACUCAUGGAAGUGGUUUCUGGAUCUUUUAUUAGCAGAUCUGAACAACAUUUUUCCAAGGUCUUAUGGUUUUAUUUCAGACCAACAAAAGGGCUUGGUACCUGCUAUUGCUGAGUUGGGGCCGAAUGUAGAACACAGGUUGUGUGUUAAGCACUUGUAUGGAAACUGGAAGAAGAGGUACCCUGGCGCACGUAUGAAAGAGUUACUAUGGCAAGCAUCUAGGGCAACUGUAGUUCCAGAUUGGGAAAGAGCCAUGAAAAAAAUUGAACUUAUCGAUCCAGCUGCUUGUAAAGACAUGAAGGACAUUCCGGCUGCCAUGUGGAGUAGGUCUGCAUUCCGCACUUACAGUCAUUGUGAUUUGCAGGUAAAUAACAUGUGUGAGGCGUUCAACAUGGCUAUAUUGGAGUAUAUAGACAAGCCCAUCAUCAUUUUACUCGAAGGUAUAAAGCAUUACAUUACAACAAGGAUAGUGAAGCAGAAAAAUCUCAUUACUCGAUUCAGAGGCAAUAUUUGUCCUAGGGUGGAACGAACUAUUAAAAGAUUGAAGAGGGAAGCUGGUGGUUGGACACCAACAUGGCACGGAGAUGAUGCUUUCAAUAUCUUUAGUGUGACCAAUGGUACGGACACUUACGAGUAUUAUAGGAAAACAAGUUUCAAGGCCACAUACUCUUAUAUUGUUCUACCUUCGAAUGGUCCAAGACUUUGGCCAACAACGGAAGGUAAACCAAUUAAUCCACCAGUCAUGAGGAGAGCUCCAGGACGACCCAAAAAGAAAAGAAACAAGUCUAAUGAUGAGCCCAUUUCAAGCAAUGUGUUACCUAGAAUCUUGACAACUGUCAAGUGUAAAAGCUGUGGGAAUUUUGGGCACAAUUCAAGGACGUGCAAGGGAAAGACAGCAGCGGAUCGACAGUUGCCCAAAGGAUGUAAUAAGACAAAUAAGCAGAAGAAAGCAUCAACCUCAGGAAAUACCAAAAGAAAGAAGCAAAAGAAGUCAUCAACCGAUGAAGCGCCUACUGUUUUGACACAAGGAUCGCAGGCGCCUCUAACACAAGAAACAACUAGAUAG